AUGUCUAUAGGCAAGCACUCUUUAGAACCAUUUUUUCAAAUGCAGAACGCUGCAGUUCCCCCACCUCAUGUUAUCUCCUGCCUCCCCAUACAUUCCCUCGGAGUUGCCACUGUCAAUGUAAGCACAUUGAAAGGAAGGUCUGGCGAGAUUGUUGAGAUGCUUGAAUGGAGACGUGUUGACGUGUGCUGCUUUCAAGAAGUAAGGUGGCAGGAAUCUUCAGCCAAGUUCCUCACAGGCAAGAGGCAUAGGUAUAAACUCUUCUGGGAGGGCAACGGUGAUGGGGAAGAAGGUCUAGGCAUACUUCUUGCAGAAAAAUGGGUCAAUAAAGUGACUAAGGUAGAUGGAGUAUGUGAUAGAGUACACAAGCUUAGGCUAGUUUUACAGAGCUGCACAGCAACAAUCAUUUCUGCCUAUGCCCCACAUCCGGGUCUACUAAAUAAACAAAAGGACCCCUUUUAUGACAUUCUUCUGCAGGCUACCUCAAAGAUGAAUUACAGUGACCUUAUCUUCGUGGUUGGUGAUUUCAACAGACAUGUUGGGCAGCACCCAGGUGUCUUCCAUGGGGUACAUAGGAGCCAUGGAAUUGGCUCCCGAAAUGAAGAGGGAACAAGGUUGCUGGAGUUCUGUUAUGCGAACGACCUAAUGAUCUGCAACACCAACUUCAGGAAACCAGCCAGUCAUAAACCUGGUGACUACAUCAGCCAGGUUAACUACAUUCUCACCAGAAAGAGUAAUCCAUGA